AUGAUUUUCUCAGCAAAAGCCAUCGGUGUUGGAGCCCUUCUCUCGGCGGUUCCUGUCUGUGCUGCCUCGUACUCCCAGACCAAAGUAUACGAUAGCACCAACUUCUUUGAAGGGUUCAAUUUCACCAGUGACCCAGAUCCAUCUGGAGGCUUUGUGAAGUAUGUGGACGCCGAGACUGCCAAAAGUUCUGGUAUGGCCAAGAUCAGCAACGGUGCAGUCUACCUUGGUGUCAACUUUGCGGAUAAGAGUCCUAGUGGUCGUCCUUCCACUCGUGUGAGGUCCAAGGACGUCUUUACCACCGGCCUCUUCGUCGCCGACAUUGCUCACAUGCCGGCUGGCACUGGAAAGGGUGCCUCCUGCGGUAUCUGGCCUGCUUACUGGACCUCUGGCCCUGACUGGCCCAACUCUGGCGAGAUCGAUAUCAUCGAGGGCGUCAACAAUCAGAAGUCCAACGCUGUCACCCUGCACACAGCAAAGGGGUGCAACAUGGAUGUCACCGGGUCCGAGUCGACAGCAGACCAGACCUCUGCUGACUGUGAGGACAAUGACUCGGGCUGUUCUCAGGGCACCACAUCGGCCAACAACUACGGUGCCGCCUUCAACGCCAAUGGAGGUGGUGUCUAUGUCACUGAAUGGGCAAGCCUGUCUAUCAAUGUGUGGUUCUUCCCUCGCGGCAGCGCUGCGGCUAACGCGGUGAUCAAUGCCGGCACUGCAGACUUGGAUGUGGCGAAGUUUGGCACCCCGUUGGCCCGCUUCUCAGGCAAUACCUGCAACAUCGCCCAGAGAUUCAAGGAAAACUACAUUAUCUUCAACACCAACUUCUGCGGAGGCUGGGCUUCACGAGAAUUUUUGAAGGAUGAGAAAUGCACCAGCCUGGCCGACACCUGCAACGAUUGGGUUUCAAAUAACCCAACUGCCUUCAACGAGGCUUACUGGCUGGUGAACUCGGUUAAGGUCUACUCCCGAAACAACUAA